AUGUCCACCCGAUUCUUCCGUCCUAUUCAACGCAUCGCGAGAUCUUCAGUCCCAUCUACCUACAGAAACUUCCACGCUUCUUCGCCCAACAUGGUUGUCCACAACGUUCACAACAAGGCCGAGUUCGACGCUGCCCUGAAGGAGCACGACUUCGUCAUCGUCGAUGCCUUCGCCACCUGGUGUGGUCCCUGCAAGGCCAUCGCCCCCAUCCUUGCCGGCCUCUCCAACGAGGAGAAGAACAGCAAGCUCCACUUUAUCAAGAUUGAUGUCGAUGAGGUCCCCGACGUGAGCCAGGAGCUUGGCAUCCGCGCCAUGCCCACCUUCCUCCUCUUCCAAAAGGGCGAGAAGGCCCAGGAGAUUGUCGGCGCCAACCCCCCCGCUCUCAAGCAGGCCAUCGAGAAGUUCGCUGAGGCUGCCAACGCUGCAUAA